AUGUCCGAAUCCGAUCCUCCUACACAACCAAGCCUGCCAUGGCGCGUAGCUUCGGUGGCCGUUAUGGGCACAAUUGGCGCGCUCUCAAGAGGCUUUAUGAAUGGGUUCAAUAACCUCGAGGUAACGGGACUUGAGGGACUUCUGGGCGUUCUUGAUCGGAGAAAACAUGAGGGGCGUGAGCGCGGCCUGCUCACUGUAUGCAAUCAUGUGGCAGUGCUUGACGAUCCUCUUAUCUGGGGAAUUUUGCCGUUACGGUACUUCCUUGACGCAGUCAAUAUGAGAUGGGGUCUUGGGGCGCAUGAUAUAUGCUUCAAGAACAAAGCCACAUCAACAUUCUUCAGCCUAGGCCAGGUACUUCCUACUCACAGGCUAUGGUAUUCCCCAUAUGGCGGCCUGUACCAACCAACUAUAACACAGGCCAUCAGGCUACUCUCCGGUCCAUCGCCGGCUUCAUGGUCUACGGCCUCCGGUUCCCCUCUGUCUGCUACUCCUUCUUCAACACAACCUCCUCCUGUUCCCCACCCGCUCAUAUUCUCUACCAAUGGAGCGGAUCAGUUCCAGGCACCGGCCGCCUUUACAUCUUAUCGAAAUGCCUGGGUUCACGUGUUUCCUGAAGCCUGCUGUCAUCAAAGUCCCGACAGCGGUUUGCGGUACUUCAAAUGGGGCGUCUCGCGACUGAUUCUUGAGUCCGAUCCGGCUCCUGAGUUCAUUCCCAUGUUCGUCCACGGUACUCAACAUAUCAUGGCUGAGGACAGAGGAUGGCCGAGGUGGGCGCCCCGUGUGGGAAAGACAGUGAGGAUAGUGAUAGGUGAACCAACCGACGUUGAUCAAGUCUUUGGUCACCAUCGGGCCGCAUGGCGCAAGCUUGUUGCCAAAGGCGAUCCAGAACUCCUUCGAGACAGCCCAGAAGCUGCCGAAAUAAGAAUCUCAGUGGCCAAAAGAGUGAGAGAUGAGGUUGAAAAGCUGAGGGAAAGCUUGGGCUUUCCGACAGAGCAGGAUGGAGCACCAGCUCUCGCAGAAACAUGGGCCAGAGAACCCCGUGAGACCAAAUUCAAGAGCCCUGUCGAUGGAAGUCUUAAUAAUCGACACGGGCCUAAACACCACCCAAAAGAAUAA